UACUCUUCAUUCGAUUCGUGUGGAGCAAAAUGGCCGCCCGCCCGAAGUGAGUCUGACGUUUCGUAAGGUGUUUAUGACAUUUUUUCGUGUAGUUUUUAUAAAAAUUCGUUUUAUGUGAGACAGUGCCAGUGUUUUAUCUAUGUUUGUUUGCAUCUUCGUGAAAAUAAGCUGGCUGAGAGCAUAGUGGGACGAUAUUCUUUGGACGAUGGACAGUCAAUCUGCAGCCUAGGUGGAUAUAUAUAAAAAAACAAAACAAAAAAAUCCCGCCCCUCCCCUAGCCCCCCCAAAAAAUAGAUAAAUAAAAAAAGAAAAGAUUGUUUCUUUCGAAAUUAUCAAGUACGCAUACGUCGAAUAAAAAAGUUUCGUGACGAGGGCCGGGGGCAGGAAGGUAUUCCGGAGAGAGAAUUCAGCCGUUUCUAUUUCUGAGUUUUUGGAAUGCGUUCAUCCUCCUUUGAGUGUCCAAAGUGCGCUUUUAAAUGUGGUUAAUAUGCAACAGAAAUUGUGCAAAGGACAAUGACAUCGCCGUUGUUAGAGGAAGGAUGAAAAUGAUGACAUCGAUAAUACAAGAUUUUUUUAGAGUAUAUACGGUAACGACGAAGUCAUAAUUUUCGUUCUUUUUUCUUUUCUUUUUGUUUUCUUCUUUUCAGAUUGAUAAAGCUCACUGUGUGGCAGUUGCGAUGCCAACUUAUCACAAUGCGGGUGGUGGAUACCCGAAUGUGUCAGCGCCAGCGCGGCAAGCGAAGCUUGAUGGCAAUCAAAAUCAUCACACAAUCCCUUCAAACGUAACGACCCACCCUCUCAUUCAAAACACCACCUCGCACAACGCUCCUCCAAAUCUGUCAGCGAGCAACAUUCCGUCCCAUCCAGUAUCACCGACGAUGACCACUCAUUCGAGCGUAACAUCUCCAAACCUGACGAGCCAUAUGAAUACGGCGUCCUCACCGGUCCUCCUUACUUCGAACGUCACGAAUCCCGGAAAUACCACUGCUCUAUCGGCCAAUCCAAGACAUGAAGUCAAACUGAAUGCUAUGCCAUGGUUCCAUGGGAAGAUAUCUAGGGAAACUGCAGAAAGGUUGUUACGACCCAGAGAAGAUGGUCUGUUUCUAGUUCGAGAGUCGACGAAUUUCCCCGGAGACUAUACCCUCUGCGUGUGUUAUCAAGGACGUGUGCAACAUUAUAGAGUAAAAUACAAGAAUAAUCAACUGACCAUCGACGACGAAGAAUUUUUCGAGAAUUUAGCGCUCUUAGUUGAACAUUAUGAGCAAGACGCUGAUGGUCUUUGCACUCAGUUGACGAAAUCCUUACCGAAACAAGGGAAACAAGACUUUUGCGUCGAUCCCAAGGCCUUCAUCGAAGCUGGCUGGGUUAUUCAGACUCACGAGUUAGAAUUAAGAGAGUGUAUCGGUAAAGGUGAAUUCGGUGACGUUUUACUCGGUGUUUAUAGAGGAGAAAGAGUGGCCGUGAAAAUGUUGAAAGACAAUAGCGAAGCGGCGCAAAGGUUUCUAGCCGAGGCAAGUUUAAUGACCUCGUUGAUUCACGACAAUCUCGUUAAAUUACUUGGUCUUGUAUUCAAUAAUCAACACAUGUACCUGGUUACGGAAUAUAUGAGCAAGGGAUCCUUAGUGGAUUACUUAAGAUCUAGAGGACGAUUACACGUUUCUAAAAAAGAUCAAAUCAAUUUUGCCUACGAUACGUGUGCCGGUAUGGCAUACUUGGAGUCGAGACACGUCGUCCAUCGCGAUUUAGCCGCAAGAAACGUUCUUGUUGCGGAAGACAAUUCCGCGAAAGUUUCGGACUUUGGGUUGGCACGAGACGAAAACUUCUCUCUCGAUGGUGGAAAGUUGCCCAUCAAAUGGACCGCCCCAGAGGCUUUAAAGCAGAACAAGUUUUCUAACAAAUCUGACAUGUGGAGUUUCGGAAUACUCCUUUGGGAAAUCUAUUCUUUUGGACGUGUGCCCUAUCCACGUAUCCCUUUAGCUGACGUUGUCAAAUGCGUGGAAAAAGGUUACAAAAUGGAACCACCAGAUGGAUGUCCACCCGAAGUAUAUGACAUUAUGAGACAGGCCUGGGAUCUUCAACCAGAGAAGAGACCUACGUUCCAUGAUAUAAAAGUAACGCUUGGUCAACUAAAAGCAGAGUACACCAAAGGCGUGAAUUAAAAAAAAGGCUUAUCUUAGGUCGACCUAGAAACGAUGUAGAAUUAACACAUAACAGAACUGAUUUGUCAAAUACGAUGCUUUUUUUCGUUUUAAGGACAAAUAUAGUGGCUCUAAAAACUUUGAUUAGGAGGGACGAAGUGAAGAAAAAGGGGAAAAAAAAAGAAAGAAAGAAAAAAAAAAUGAAAAGAAGAACAAGACAAAUGCAAUUUUUAUUGUACAUUUUAUAUGCAAUACUAUUUGCGUCAUCGUUUAUAUUUAUUGCUAAUUUAGUUGUCGAGAAUAUUGGGGAGGUUUUAAUUUUUAUAUGACAAUAUUUUGCACAAGCAUUACCUACGUCGUGCCUUUGUUCAAGUUGAUAUUCUAAAUGAAGAAACUCGACUUGUACAUUCUCGAAAUCCGUGUUGACUCGAGCCGAUGUCGGGUUUUUAAGAUACUUAAUCCGAAAUAAUUGCCUAUCACACUUAAUGAUCCUCAAUGGACGUACCUUUUUACAGUCUGUUAUGAUGAAAUGUGUGAACGAAACGUCGCCUGAUACGACGCCGUUACCGUUUUGAAAUACUUUAGAGAUUUUUCCAUUGCAGAAAAUGUAAAUUUGACGUAUUAUGAAGUUUGGCGUUGAAGUGAACUGAUUUUAAGAUAAUUCAUAUACUGGCUAACGUAUCAGUCAGUAUAACUUGUCCUUUCGGAGAUGAAGUUACGUAACCAUACACUUUUUCACUCCUGUAGUA